GCUCACUGCCUCCACUAUACUCCAGGACAGUAGACAUCAGCAUCCACAAGCACAGGUAGUUACAAUUAGUUGCAACCAGAAGAAGCUGAUGAAACCUGCAUUAUAUAUUUAUAUUGUCAUCUUCUACGGCUAGCCCACUACUACUUAUUAGCUGCAAGAUCAGAAGCGACAUAGGGAGCAAGCUGAACGAAGAGGCUGCCAUGAGCUACUGGGGCACCUCGCCAUCGUGGGGGGCGGCCCGCCACGGGCCAUCUCCGAUGGUGCCCCUCAUGGUGGUGCUGGCCCUGGGGUGGGUCAUCUACAACGAGACCCUGCUUGAGUGUUAUGAGCGGGUGACUGAGGUGCGGGACACCGUGGCCGACAAUGCCAUGGUCUUCAUCCUCGCCGCCGGGUUCCUGCUGCUCGCCGUCGUCCUCCUCAGCAACCAGAUGGAGGUGGUCCUGGUGCCGGCGGUGCUGGUGCUGGUCAUGCUCCUGAUCCAGAACAUCGUUCUUGCCGCGCUCCUGCUGCUGCUGGCGGUGUACCUGGCUGGGAUAUACUACUACCCGCCUCACCGGGGCUACGGCUACGGCGGCGGCGGCGGCGGCGGCGGCUUCAGCGGGGCCGGGGGUGACUGGACGGGCUGGGGCUGCGGGCUGGGGUUCUACAUGCUGCUGCUGCUCUGCCUGGUGCUGUGCGCCAUGUUUUCGGAGGAGGGCGGCAGCUGGUGGAUCCCGGGCGUGCUGCUGGCUGCGUGCCUGCUCUGCCUCAACCUCUUCUCAGGUGGCAAAGUCUUGGGCCAGGAGUACUUUUAACCCUUGUGUUCUUCGGGACAGAGCUUAGUUAUUGUUGUCUCGUGGCAUUACCAGAUGGUGAUGUAGCCGCUCAUGGCUCCCUCCUUAGAUUUGUCUGCUACCAUCAUAAGAAUUUUAGCAGACGCGUGGUGACCGGUGACGCUCUGCUGCAAGGAUUUGGAAAGUAAAAUGGACCUUUAACAGCGUCCCAUGCAUCCCAUUUGGUCAUGUUGAGCAUGCCGGGUCGAGCUUCAGAUGAUUAAAACAA